UAAAUAUUGAGUGGAAAACUGGAAUCGUGUCAAGAAAAGUGUGCAUAAAAGCGAAGGAAAAUUGGAAGAGAGUUUUAUUUCAACUAGAAAUUUGAAGAGUUUAGAUAUAGUUUUUGUUGGAUUCCACUUAUUCUGUGAUCAGUUGUGAGCUACCAUUCUUUAAUCUGUUCAAAAGUCAUAGACAUUUUGAAGUGAUUUCUAAUUGCUGUACAAUAUUAGUUGGAGCAUUUUUCGUGGUUUUAAGCUUAUUAGUCGUGCAGAAAUCAAAAUUGUGUAUCAUAAUGGCGCCUAUAAACAAUGAAUACGACUACGAUUUGGUUGUGAUUGGAGGCGGCUCGGGUGGGCUUGCCUGUGCAAAGGAGGCGGUGGCUUUAGGAGCUAGAGUUGCAUGCUUAGACUAUGUAAAACCCUCGCCAGCGGGUUCUAAAUGGGGCCUUGGGGGAACUUGUGUUAAUGUUGGAUGUAUUCCUAAAAAGCUUAUGCAUCAAGCUGCUCACUUAGGUGAAGCUGUACAUGAAUCUGUUGCAUAUGGUUGGGAAAUCCCAGAGCCAGAGAAAAUAACUUCAAAUUGGAAUAAAUUAGUUCAAGCUGUACAAAAUCAUAUAAAAUCUGUAAACUGGGUUACCCGGGUGGACUUACGAGAUAAAAAAGUGGAGUACAUUAAUGGCUUGGGUUAUUUCAAGGAUCCUCAUACAAUAAUAGCUAAAAUGAAAAAUGGAACUGAACGAUCCAUUACUGCGCAGAAUGUGUUAAUCGCGGUAGGUGGACGGCCGAGAUAUUCACCAAUACCUGGAGCAAUAGAGUAUGGUAUAACUAGUGAUGAUAUCUUCAGCUUGGAUCGGGAACCAGGAAAGACGCUUGUGAUUGGCGCUGGAUAUAUAGGAUUAGAAUGUGCUGGUUUCCUUAAAGGCUUAGGAUAUGAUGCUACAGUUAUGGUGCGUUCUGUCGUUUUACGAGAAUUCGAUCAGCAAAUGGCGGGCAUUUUAAAAGAUUCAAUGAUUGAGCGUGGAGUUAAAUUUUUGUUUACCACUUUGCCAAAUUCCAUUGAAAAGCAAAAUGAUAGCCGUUUGAAAGUGAAGUGGACUAAUUCCAACACAGGCGAAGAAGGAUCGGAUGUCUUCGACACAGUCCUUUUCGCAAUCGGCCGCAAAGGUUUAGUUGAAGACCUUAAUUUGGGUUCAGCUGGUGUGGAAGUGAAAAAUGAUAAAAUUGUAGCCAAUGAUGCAGAACAAACAAAUGUUCCUCAUAUCUAUGCAGUUGGUGAUAUUUUAGAAGGCAAACUAGAACUAACACCGGUAGCUAUACAUGCCGGGCGUUUAUUGGCCCGUCGACUAUUCUCUGGAUCGACUCAGUUGAUGGAUUACACUAAUGUCGCUACAACUGUGUUCACUCCAUUGGAAUAUUCUUGUGUUGGUUUGUCAGAGGAAGCAGCAUUACAAAAAUACGGUGAAGACAAUAUUGAAGUUUUCCAUGGUUUCUACAAACCAACAGAGUUUUUCAUACCUCAAAAAAGCGUUCGCUAUUGUUAUCUUAAAGCUAUUGCUGAAAGAAGCGGUGAUCAGAAAGUACUGGGAUUGCAUUACGUUGGACCAGUUGCAGGAGAGGUUAUGCAAGGAUUUGCCGCAGCUGUAAAAGCUGGCCUUACUAUGAAAGAUUUAUUAAACACUGUUGGCAUUCAUCCAACUACUGCAGAAGAAUUCACCCGACUUUCUAUUACAAAGCGGUCCGGCCUGGAUCCUACACCUGCUACAUGUUGCAGUUAAACGGAAAUAUUUAUAAAAUAUGCCGUUGAGGGAUUGUAUGUUAACAUACGUAUAGCAGUAGACUUCUAGACAAUGUAUAACAUGUUCUAGAAGGAAACAAUAAAUUAAUUAAUAUAUUCAAA